UGUGGAAGUGCCUGGCGGGGAGAAGGAACCGGCUUCACCAGCCCCUGGGCCUGGGCCAGAGGCCGGCGGGAGCAGGGCCGGGCGGGCCGGCCAGCCAGCCUCCAGCGGGUGGGAGACCACGGCGCAGCCCAGCCGGCCUUGGCUCCGCAGGGCCAGGGAAAGGCCUGGAGGAGGGACCGGGGCUGGAGGUCGGUCCCGGCCCCACGGCCUUGGCAUUCCCAGGCCCCGGCCGGACUUCCUGGGCUGCUGUUUGGGGCUGGCUAAUGAUUAACAGGAACUCUGCGGGGCGGCACGCACCUCCAGGCAGCGAGGGCCUGUGGCUGGCAGACUGUUUCAUUGGGGACUUCCUGUUCGCUGCUGAGGUCGGGUCAGGAUUCUCCGGUGGCUGGAUUGAAUUUGUUCCUGUGUUUGUGUGGAGAGAGGACGGAGGCCAAGACGCCUCCUGGAAACUGAGAGCCUUCCCCGAAGCCCCGAAGAAGAGAAGACCCACCUGCCGGAGGGUGCGGAGGAACAUGCGGAGAUGGAGGGCAGCUGGCGAGGUAUCCUGGCCGCGCUGGUCGUCGUGGCUGGCCUACCAGCUUCCGGAUCCAGCAACCAGAUCAUAGAAGGCCCCCGGAACACCACGGCGCUGGUGGGCGGCGAGGCCCACUUCAACUGCACGGUCUCGCAGGGUUGGAGGCUCAUCAUGUGGGCUCUGAACGGCACCGUGGUCCUGAGCGUCACGCCCAAGGAGCCCAUCAUCACCAGUGACCGCUUCACCUCCGCCAGCUACGAGGAGGGCGGCGACUUCAUCUCGGAGAUGAUAAUCCACGACGUGAAGUUCAGCGACGCCGGGCGCGUCAAAUGCAGCCUCCAGAACAGUGACAGCGAGGGGUCCGCCUUCCUUUCCGUCCAAGUUGUGGGCAAGCUGCUCACCCCCAGUGACAGUCUUGUAGUCACUGAGGACGAGCCUUGUAAUGUGACUUGCCGUGCGGUGGGCUGGACGCCGCUCCCCGACCUUUCCUGGGAGAUCGGUGCCCCCGUGAGUCACUGGAGCUACCACUCCGUGCCGGAGCCGGACGACCCCCAGAGCGCCCUGAGCCUCCUGGCCCUGACGCCGCAGGGCAACGGGACGGUGACGUGCGUGGCCAACAUGAAGGGGCUGCAAGCCCGCGAUUCCCUCACGAUAAAUCUUACCGUGGUCCCGCCUGCCCUGGGCAGUGUCGACACAGCAGGUGCCGCGUUGCCUACCUGGGCCAUAGUCCUCCUCGCAGUGUCGCUUUCCUUGCUUUUCAUCCUGAUCAUUGUUCUGAUUAUAAUCUUCUGCUGCUGCUGUGUCUCCAGGAAACAGGAAAAAGAAUCCAGUUAUCAAAGUGAAGUAAGGAACUCUCCAAAUGUGAAGGCAAACAAGGAAACUCUUGAGCCAAAGUUCAGAGGCGGAAAUGAAAACUAUGGAUACAGUUUGGACGAGCAGAAGACCAAACAGCCUGCCUCUCUCCCUCGGGAGCUUCACGAUGCCAGCGUUCUCCAACGGCAGCGCAGCGGGCAAGCUCAGCAGGGACCCGAUCACCAGCAGCCGGCCCCGACAAGCCGCCCGCAGGUGACCUUGUUCAUGGCCGGCCCCAAACAGGUCAGGAAUGUGACGUUGGUGUAGGGAAGAUGUGGCCCGUGGCCCAUGACCUGUGUCAUGACGAGGUCGGCGCCGCCCUCUGCUGUCCUGAGGCCCCGGCUCCGCCAGCGUCCCCUGGAAGAGGUGAUGCUGGAAUCCUCGAAUAAAGUGUCUCUCAGACGGAGAAGGACUGCUUUUCCCAGCUUCCAAAGUAGAAUUCCACUUUUACUGUGUUUCAAGAUUUCAGUUAAUUCCGUCAAGUUACUCACUAAGAGCUACAAGUUGAUCGCGGUCAUGUGUCUCGUCACUGCACACUCCUGCUUGCCGGUCUAAGAAAUGGUAGUGGAAUCUGUAUCCUACCGUGACUUCAGACGUGUUGCCUUGCAUCACAUGGAGAUUCUAUUUAUGUAUGUGUCGUAUGUGGGCAUUAUUGCGUCUCAUCAGUGAAAGAAGAAGACAACAAUGGAGAUGUCAGACAUCUCAGGUUGCCUGGAGAAUCAGAACUCAUGGGUUAAAAAUACGAUUAAAUUCCGCAACUGCUGCAUACCUGGAGAAAUAUCUCAUUGUUGGGGUAUUUCCGUGAAGGUAUUCGUUUUUCCGGGCCCCUUGUUAGGCUGCUCCUGUGUCCUCAGACGACGUACAUGUGGAUUAUUCUCCGUGGAGACUAGAGUUCACAUGCCAGAACGCCGGGAUGGAACUGGAAAGGAGCAAUGUCUUCUUUAAUAAAUAAAAGAGGAAACACAGAAGACUUCUGUUGCUUCUCUCAAGUCUUUGCUUUUCAUGCACUUCGUUUACAGGAUCACAGAGUUGAGGAAUCAAGCACUUUCUUUUUUUUUCAUUGAAAAAAAUUUAAAUAUGACAUAGUGAUUCAGUACUAUACUUUUUCUCAUUGUCUUGUUGUUUAUUAAUACUUUUUUUGUGUAGGAUUCAGUCUGGGUUCAUACAUCAUAUUAAAUUAUUGUAUUUCUUAA